AUGUGGGUGAAUGUGGGCAUAAUUUCUGCAGAACUUGCAUUGAUUAUGUUUGGUAGAACAAAUAUAUCACCUCCUGCCCUGAGUGCUGACAGGAGCUACCAGAAGGGGGGGUAUGUUAGUAGCAGUACAGAGGCUUUUCGGAAAUCCAUCUUGGAAAAGGAGGGCAAAACAGAUGUAGAGCUGAAAGAGGAAAAAUUCUUCUGUGAAGCAAAUGAGGAAAGACUGAAGCUGUUCUGUACUGAGGAUGAGACACCUUUCUGUAUCAUCUGUCAUGAUUCAGCUGCACACAGUGGUCACAGCUUUACGCCCUUAAAGAAAGCAGUUACUAUGUGUAAGGAAAAGUUGAAAACUGCUACAGAUGCUCUAGAAUUAAAAUUAAAAUACAUUACAGAGCUCCAGCUAAAGCAGGAAGGGAAGAUCUCUUAUAUCCAGCUACUGUCCAUGCUACAAGCCAACAUUCUGAAAAUGCCAAAAAAAGUUCCAUCACCUCUGACCCUGGAUCCUGACACAGCAUAUCCUUAUCUCAUUCUGUCUGAGGACCUGACCAGUGUGAGAGAUGAUGACGUUAUACAGCAUCUCCCUGACAAUCCUAAGAGAUUUGAUUGUUACAUCUCUGUACUUGGGAAAGAGGGCUUUAAUUCAGAGCGACAUUACUGGGAGGUGGAGGUGAAGAACAAGACUGAAUGGGAUGUGGGUGUCACCAGAGAAUCCAGCAAUAGGAAGAGAGAAUUUGAAAUGAAUGCAAAGCAUGGAUAUUGGAUGAUGAUGCUGAGGAAUAAGAAUGAGUACACAGCUGAAGAUUCAUCAUUGAAGAAUGUAACCCACACUGUGAAACCCCAACGGAUCGGAGUGUACUUGGACUAUGAAGGGGGAGAGGUCUCAUUAUAUAAUGCUGACAACAUGUCCCAUAUCUACACCUAUACUGACAAGUUUACUGAGACAAUCUAUCCUUACUUCAGCCCCGGUCUUAAUUAUAAGGGAGAAAAUUCAGAGCUCUUGAAACUAUUUCACUUGAAACUGUAA